GGAAAUGUAGACAACUCAAUAAUUGAUGCAUUCACUAAGAUUCUGAAUGACAGAGAAGAAUCAAAUAAGUCUACAAAGCGUGCCUUCAUUGCGUCAACCCAAGUAUAUGCAAUGUUUGAUUUUGCAUCUGGUGACCCAAUAGAAAAUAUGGUUGAUAGAUUGCAAAAAGAAAUAAAUGAUGCUGCAGCAGAUGUCACAAAAUUAGAUAUGAUACUGUUUCCCAUUCACAAUCAUGAGCACUAUUAUAUCUACUGCUUUUACACAACAAACAACAUUGUUGAUGUAAUUGACAACCGGAUGCUUCCAGAUGGGGUGAGCGUUGAGGACAAAUAUG